UCGUAUGCGCAUGCUCUGUCUAUCGUGGUCGCCGUGGGCUUGUAGCAUCAACAGCUUGAAAGCGAGGAAGAAGCAGUGGGAUAUCAUCUCGCUGGUUUCUAGUAUUUUCCAUUCCCUUUCCCCUUCCCGGUUUGUAUUGCAGGCGGGAGAAAAUUUCACUGGAUUUGCUAUUUUGGCAUCAGAAGAAACUUCGCAAACAAGGAAUUUUAUCUUGCAAACGCUAGCUAAGGUUAACGUUAUACAAACACGGUCACAAGCUGAUGGCGGCCACUGUAGAGGAGCUGUAUCGAAACUAUGGGAUCCUUGCAGACGCAAAGGAUAACUUGAGUCAGCACAAGGAUGCGUAUCAAGUCAUUCUGGAUGGGGUGAAGGGGGGCCCGAAGGAGAAACGCCUGGCGGCCCAGUUCAUCCCUAAAUUCUUCAGCAGUUUCCCUGAACUGGCUGACGCUGCCAUCAACGCACAGCUUGACCUAUGUGAAGAUGAAGAUGUCUCAAUCCGAAGGCAGGCUAUUAAGGAACUCCCUAGAUUUGCUGCUGGAGAAAACCUUCCGAGAGUGGCGGACAUCCUGACACAGCUUUUGCAAACAGAUGAUUCUGCAGAGUUCAACCAAGUGAACACAGCAUUGAUCUCCAUAUUCAAGAUUGAUGCCAAAGGCACUUUGGGCGGUCUGUUCAGCCAGAUACUGCACGGAGAGGACAUUGUGCGGGAGCGCGCUAUUAAGUUUCUCUCCACCAAACUCAAGACGAUGCCUGAAGAUGUCAUGACAAAAGAGGUUGAAGACCAUAUUUUCACUGAAACCAAGAAAGUGCUGGAGGAUGUGACGGGGGAGGAGUUUGUGCUGCUGAUGCGCAUCCUGUCCGGCCUGAAGAACUUGCAGACGGUGAGCGGCCGGCAGCAGCUGGUGGAGCUGGUGGUAGAGCAGGCCUUCCUGGAGCAGGCGCUCAACCCGGCCGACGCCGACGCCGUAGACCGUCUGCUGCAGUGCACACGUCAGGCUCUGCCCCUGUUCUCGAAAAAUGUGCAUUCCACACGUUUUGUGACGUAUUUUUCUGACCACGUCCUGCCAAAUCUCAGCACAUUGACCAGCCCAGUGGCGGAACUCGAUAUCCAACUUGAGGUUUUGAAGUUGUUGGCAGAAAUGAGUCCGUUCUGUGGUGAUAUGGAGAAGCUGGAAAACAACCUCAAGAUGUUGUUUGAGAAACUCCUGGAGUUCAUGCCGCUGCCCCCAGAGGAAGGUGAGCACGGGGAGAACGCGGCCAACGAGGAGCCCAAGCUGCAGUUCAGCUACGUGGAGUGCCUCCUGUUCAGCUUCCACCAGCUUGGCAAGAAGAUGCCCGACUUCCUCAUUGACAAAAUCGAUGCAGACAAGUUGAAAGAUUUCAAAAUCAGGUUGCAGUACUUUGCCAGAGGACUGCAGGUGUACAUUCGUCAGCUCAGAGUUGCACUGCAGGGCAAGACAGGGGAGGCGCUUAAAACGGACGAGAACAAAAUCAAAGUGGUGGCUUUGAAAAUUACAAACAAUAUCAACGUCCUUAUCAAGGAUCUCUUUCACAAUCCUCCCUCCUACAAAAGCACAGUCACGCUGUCCUGGAAGCCAGUGCAGCGGGAGGCUGCCGCCGUAGGUGAGAAACGACCACCUGGGGACGACGUGGGCACUGGCACCACCGUGAAGAAACUGGCACCAGCGCUGCCCAGGAGAGACGCCCGCCAGAUCUACAACCCACCCAGUGGCAAAUACAGUGGUACCAUCGGCAACUUCCCAUAUGAACAGCGUGGUGGUUUCCGAGGAGGUAGAGGUCGAGGCUUUGGAGGCAGAGGCAACCGGAGCCGAGGAAGGAUCUACUGAGUGGGGAAGGACUGUCUGUUACCACAUAUAACACACACAAACUGAGGCAAAAGAAGACCAUUGGUGCGCUGAGCUUGAUCACCUCAGUGCCAUUGUCCAAUCAACAGCGCAGUUUUAGAUCCUGUUUUUGUUCUUUCCAAGAGAAUUUUUGAUCCCUUCCAGAGAAUGAUCCUCAUCACAUUUUGUUGUAGUUUUCUUCUUUGCCUGACCUUUCUGUGGAACAAGGACUGCCAACUUGUACUUUGAUAGUUUGUUUUUGAUUGAUGGAGAAAAAAAUGAUUGUUUUACAAAAUGACUUACAUUGUACCUUUUUUAUUUAAUCUUUUAAUUUUUUUAGAGAUUCAUGUUUGACGUAGAGAAACCUGUUGCAAGUUUGUAAAAUCCUGAUAAUGUUUUUCAUCUGAAUUUUUAUCAUAAACUUGUCUUUGAAGUCA